UAUUUUUCGUGUGUGUUGCAGGUUUUUAUCGCUCCCUCGCGGUGUAUUUUAUCUUAUUCUGAGCUUCUAGCUCUGGGUGUUUUGAGUUCGUAAUUUACGUGAAAUAAAUCAAGCAACCGAAAAUGUGCGACGAAGAUGUUGCGGCGUUGGUCGUUGACAACGGCUCUGGUAUGUGCAAGGCUGGUUUCGCCGGUGACGAUGCUCCCCGUGCGGUUUUCCCGUCCAUUGUCGGCCGCCCUCGUUACCAGGGCAUCAUGGUCGGCAUGGGACAGAAAGACAGCUACGUUGGUGACGAAGCUCAGUCCAAGCGUGGUAUCCUGACUGUGAAAUACCCGAUUGAACACGGCAUUGUCACAAACUGGGAUGACAUGGAGAAGAUCUGGCAUCACACCUUCUACAAUGAACUCCGAGUCGCCCCCGAGGAACACCCCGUCUUGCUCACUGAGGCUCCCUUGAACCCCAAGGCCAACCGUGAAAAGAUGACUCAGAUUAUGUUCGAAACGUUCAACACCCCUGCCAUGUAUGUCGCCAUCCAAGCUGUGUUGUCUCUGUAUGCUUCUGGUCGUACCACUGGUAUCGUGCUCGAUUCCGGUGAUGGUGUCUCACACACAGUGCCAAUCUACGAGGGUUAUGCCUUGCCCCACGCCAUCUUGCGUCUCGACUUGGCUGGCCGUGACUUGACCGAUUACCUGAUGAAGAUCCUCACAGAGCGUGGUUACUCCUUCACCACCACCGCUGAGCGAGAAAUCGUUCGUGACAUCAAGGAGAAGCUGUGCUAUGUUGCCCUGGACUUCGAGCAGGAAAUGGCUACUGCUGCCAGCUCUAGCUCCUUGGAGAAGAGCUACGAGUUGCCCGAUGGUCAGGUGAUCACCAUUGGCAAUGAGCGAUUCCGAUGCCCCGAGGCCCUCUUCCAGCCUUCCUUCUUGGGUAUGGAAUCUUGCGGUAUCCACGAGACUACUUACAACUCCAUCAUGAAGUGCGACGUUGACAUCAGGAAGGACCUGUACGCCAACACUGUGCUGUCUGGUGGUACCACCAUGUACCCUGGCAUUGCUGACAGGAUGCAGAAGGAGAUCACUGCUCUGGCGCCAUCCACCAUGAAGAUCAAGAUCAUUGCUCCCCCAGAGAGGAAGUACUCCGUCUGGAUCGGAGGUUCCAUCCUGGCUUCCCUGUCCACCUUCCAACAGAUGUGGAUUUCCAAGCAGGAAUAUGACGAGUCUGGCCCGUCCAUCGUGCACAGGAAGUGCUUCUAAAUCAGCAGUCGGUUGUUUUCCAACGCCUCCCUUACCCUGCCCCCCAACAUCAUGCAGUUCUGAAAAGAAUCACCCGUCAGCAUUCCGGAAAUUUUUUGUCUUUCGCUUAUCGUUUUUUUGCUCUUCUCACAUUCCUGCCGUAGUUUCUGUUUUGAGAGCGAUGGCAGUUUCGGAAAUGAUUUUUUUUCUUGCAUUCCUAAUUUUUUUUUCGCGGUCGAACAUUCGAGAGUGAAAGGGUUUCUUUGUGUGUGCGAAUUCGAGGGAGCUUUUCGAGCGGAUGUUUAAGUUAUUUGCUAAAGUUCUUCACGCUGAUAAAAUGCGAGAUAUAUGGUUUUUGCGCAAACGUGAAA